UUUGUAGCAAUAUGGACGCGUAUUGUUUUCUUUCAUUUAGUUUUUUUCACGCAACCGUUGUGAACGGUUGUGUGCUAGUGAUUGUGUUAUGAUGAGCGGCCGCAACCUCUCUCCGAUCUAACCCCAGUGAUUGUUUCAUUGUUUUUCAUUGUUCAAGUGAAGUGAAGUGCAAUGGCUCGCUUAACGGAGGAAAUGGUGAUCGCUAGAUCAAAACAGUCUGAUCUAUCCGCUAUAAAGAAACUGAACUGCUGGGGUGCAGAGCUUGGCGAUGUCAGUCUUCUACGAAGGAUGCCCAAUGUCGAGGUGUUAGCCCUUAGCAUCAACAAAAUACGGUCGCUGGUCGACUUCGCGGGCUGCCGUCGUCUCCGGGAGCUGUACGUGCGUAAGAACGAGAUCAGGGACCUGGCUGAGAUCAGGCAUCUCCGACACCUGCCCGACCUGACCAGCCUCUGGCUAGACGAGAACCCAUGCACCUUACAUCCAGAAUAUCGUAUGACGGUAUUGAGGAAUCUUCCAAAUCUCGAAAAGUUGGACAAUCUCGUCGUACAGGCGGAAGAGGUACAAGAGGCGAUGCGAAGAGGCGUCCAUAUACCAGAUUCCGACGACGAGGGAUACCCACAGCAACAAGAAUCAUACGGCCAGUAUCGUAGACAGAGGUCCUGUGAAUCGAGUCCAGAGCGCGAGACCGAACCAUACUACGCACGUACCGCGGCCCCGCCCGCCCCCGCCCACCCCACGCACGCACACAGACACGAGUGGGCGCAGGGCAGCGACAGCCCGGCGGAGCCCGAGCCGGCGGCGGAGCCCCCGCGCUCUCCGCCCCAGCAGUGCCCGGCGUCCCCCGCGCGGCGCGCGUCCCCCGACCCCGACGAGCGCUACGACCACCCCGCCAUGACCGCCUCGCACUACGAACCUCGCGGUGGUCCUCGCUCGCCGGACGCGGCCUCACUCCGACACUCCGUGUCUGCUCACAGUGUUAAGGAGUACUCUUACCCGACAAAUGGCGAGUGGCGACACAGCGGGAACGCGCUGACGUCACCGCACGACCACUCCGACAGGGAUAGAAGCGAAACGUACUCGGUGCGAGGUGACUGGGAGAGGGAGCGGGACAGAGAUAGGGAUAGAGACAGCGUGAGGGACAGAGAGAGAGAGUACCCGUCCGCCGUGAUGGCGGAGCACCGCGGGUUCACGAGGAGACCCGUCGCCAGGAACUCUAACCUUCUGUCCGCGGUGCUGUGCCUCGUCAAGGAGCUGGACUACCCCAGCCUCGAGGUCGCGGAGAUGGCGGUCCGUUGUCGUAUGGACGAACUAGCGAACAGUCAGUGACACAACGCCGAGGCCGAAAAUUGACCGGAUAGCAACUACCGACCUUAGGCCUCAAUAAUACUGGUGGAACCGCGGGAAAUUAACAGUGAAGGACUGUUUAACGACCCUUAAGGGCUAGGAGCAGUUGAGUUGAAGCAUUGUGUUAUGAGUAAAAUGAUCUGUACAACUGAUUUUAUUUCGUUUUCGAAUAAUAUUAUGUCUAUAAUAGAAAAUUGUGAUCAUAUCAGUGAAAUUAAUGAAGAUUUUUAAAGUAUUUAUCUUUAAAAAGCGUCAUAUUACAUAAAAAUCUAUGAAAUAUCAUUGUUAUGGACGCCAUUUUCGAUUAUUGACAAGAGCUUGGAACAAAUAUGGUGAAUGACGUCACAGCUAACAAAGAAUUCCAUUCCAAUGUUAAUUUAAAUUUGGAACAAAAACCUUAACGUACAAUUUUAAAAAAAAGUUUCAAACUUGGAACGAAAAUUUUUGCGUACGAUUAAAAAAAAAGUUUACAAAUAAAAUGUUCUUAUUUCAAAUAUCGUGAUUGCGUUUGUGUGCGUGGCGCGUUCCGAUUGGUUGUUACGUUUGUGUGAUAUUGGAAUUUUUUGAAUCGUUGGUGAUAUGUUGGCGGACGAUUUUGGCAAAUGUUUGGCAUUGGUCGCGUCGGUCUAUUCGGUAUAUUUUGUUGGAAGCCAUUAAUCUAAAUGAAUGAAUGAAUAUUCGGUAUAUUUGAUGUUGGUAGAGAUUGGACUCAAAGUAUUAUUUAACUUAGUAAUAGUAGGUUCAAACAGAUCUUGUUUUUUUUUUUAAGUAGAACUUGUUAUAAUCUGUGUCCCACUUCUGGGAACUAAUUUUUCCCGCCAAAAAACUCAAAUUGCUUAAAAUCGUAAUAUUGACCUUAGAAAUUCGGUGUUUUUGUUUUUAAUACGCACGACCUAUAUUGAAAGGAAUAAAAAUAACUAUAUUUAUGAACAGUCAAAGUAUAACUCAUAACGUAUUAAAUUACUUCAUAAGAUAUUUGCUGAUAGCUUUUUUAGUAAAAUACGCUUACUAUCUUCACGCGGCUUUAUAUACUUAAGAAAAUUGCAUAAUCUGUAGUAAUGGAAUGGGUCCAUCCAAAUCAUACAAUAUAAACAUACAAAUA